CUAUUCAGAAUAUGAUAGUAUCCGAAUAACAAGAAUAAUCUGUUUCUAUUCAGAAUAGGACACUAUCAGAAUAACAAAUUAGGGUUAGAAUAGCUGAACACUUAAAGUUUGCCAGACACUGUUUGGUGAGUUCUUCACAAAAAUAAGCAUUUUCACUCUGCACAAAAAUCGCAUGAGAUAUAUGGUUUUGCUGAUGAAGAAAUGGAAAUCCAGAAACAUAAAGUCGCUUAUUCAAAGUCACCCAGCCGCAUUGUGGCUGUAGCAGUUCAGCUACUGGGACUCUUCCAACUUUCUACAGGUGUCACGAAAGCACAAGAUUACAUGUUUACACACAAUUCUUAUGAAACAGCACUAAAAGGAAGGUUUCAGUAAAAAGGUAAACAAGGUUUUCAAGAAAAUGGUAAAGAUACAUAAAUGAUGAGCCACAGUAAUUCUCACCAAUUAGGAAGCAUCUUAGAAAAGCAUUGGAUUUCCUCUAACUAAAAGCAUCUAUCAAAAGUGAUAUUGAAAUACAGGAGUAUGUAAAUAUCUAAAAUUUAACACUGUCACCUUGCAUAAAUGAGGCUGAAUAGCUAAUGAAGUAAAGACCUAACUUCAGUUUGGUUCCAUGCCUUUUCACUGACAUCUGAAAAGGGUCUUGAGGUGAGUGAUCAUGGACUCAUCCUCCACCAGCCAAUCAGUCUGUUUAUUAUCUGGCUUUAAAAAGAAACUCCAACCAGGUGCCGUGGCUCAUGCCUGUAAUCCCAGCACUUGGGAGGCCAAGCCGGGCAGAUCACAAUCUCAGGAGUUCAAGACCAGCCUGGCCAACAUGGUGAAACCCCAACUCUACUAAAAAAAAAAAAUACAAAAAAUUAGGUGGGGGUGGUGGCACACACCUGUAAUCCCAGCUACUCAGGAGGUGAGGCUGAGUGGGAAAUUUCGCUAGUGGGAGAAUUGCUUGAACCCAGGAGGCAGAGGUUGCAGUGAGCCAAGAUCAUGCCAUUGCACUCCAGCCUGGGCGACAGAGCAAGACUAUAUCUUGAGAAAAAAAAAAAAAAGAAACUUUUUCUGAGGGCCCACCCAUGAUGGAGCAAAAGCUGUUACUUGGCUAUGUCAAGAGAAAAUAAUGCAACAAGUACAAAGCCCGUUGAUCAGUGCACCUGUGUCUCUCUGUUGGACAGAGAGUUAGAUAUUCAUAGAGAUUGCUGUCCUCAUCUGUAACUACAUCAAGCUAGAGAGACUGUCAUAAUACUAGUGGACUGAGGCAGCUGUGAGUAGAGAAAGCAAUACCGGUCCCCAUCUCUACUCUUCAGUCUUGGCCCUGUUUCAACUUUCACUUUCACACAUGGCAAAAUCGAAACUAACUCAGCUGAGUGUUAGUCGAAGUAGGUGUGUCCUGCUCCCCGAUGACAGGUUGCUCAGAGACUGCUGAUUUCCACCCCUAUAUAAAGCAAGUCCCCGGCAUGCAGGGACCACUCUGCUCCAGGCAUCUGCCACCAUGUGGGUGCUCACGCCUGCUGCUUUUGCUGGGAAGCUACUGAGUGUGUUUAGCCUCCCUUUGAACUCUCUGUGGAGGAGCCUGGUCCUGCUGUCCUGUUGGUUGAGGGCAACAUUCUGGCUGCCAGGGACCAAGAGGACAAAGAAGCAGCUGGUCCCAAGAGAGCCAGACAAGACCGAAGAGGAAGAAGAGGACCCCCCUCUGCCCACCACCCCUACCAGCGUCAACUACCACUUCACUCGCCAGUGCAACUACAGAUGUGGCUUCUGUUUCCACACGGCCAAAACGUCCUUUGUGCUGCCCCUUGAGGAAGCAAAGAGAGGACUGCUCUUGCUCAAGGAAGCCGGUAUGGAGAAGAUCAACUUUUCAGGCGGAGAGCCAUUUAUUCAUGACCGGGGAGAAUACCUGGGCAAGCUGGUGGAGUUCUGCAAAGCAGAGCUGCAGCUGCCCAGCGUGAGCAUCGUGAGCAACGGAAGCCUGAUCCGGGAGAAGUGGUUCCAGAAUUAUGGUAAAUAUUUGGACAUUCUCGCCAUCUCCUGUGACAGCUUUGACGAGCAAGUCAAUGUCCUUAUUGGCCGUGGCCAAGGAAAGAAGAACCACGUGGAAAACCUUCAAAAGCUGAGGACAUGGUGUAGGAAUUAUAGAGUCGCUUUCAAGAUAAAUUCUGUCAUUAAUCGUUUCAACAUGGAAGAGGACAUGACUGAACAGAUCAAGGCGUUAAACCCUGUCCGCUGGAAAGUGUUCCAGUGCCUCUUAAUUGAGGGCGAAAAUACUGGAGAAGAUGCUCUAAGAGAAGCAGAAAGAUUUGUUAUUAGUGAUGAAGACUUUGAAAGAUUCCUGGAGCGCCACAAAGAAGUGUCCUGUUUGGUGCCUGAAUCUAACCAGAAGAUGAAAGACUCCUACCUCAUUCUGGAUGAAUAUAUGCGCUUUCUGAACUGCACAAAGGGACGGAAGGACCCUUCCAAGUCCAUCCUGGAUGUUGGUGUAGAAGAAGCUAUAAAAUUCAGUGGAUUUGAUGAAAAGAUGUUUCUGAAGCGAGGAGGAAAAUACAUAUGGAGUAAGGCUGAUCUGAAGCUGGACUGGUAGAGCAGAAAGUGGAACGAGACUUCAGCCUACCAGUGGGGAAACUCCCAGAGUGCCUGCCAUUGUCUACAGCGCUGUCCCGCUGCCCUUUCCCAAUGGCUGAAAACCUGUUUCUGCUGCACAUAACAUCUGAUUACCUGUGGUCGCUGAACUCAUAAAUAACCUGGGGGCACUGCUUUCACUGCUUUCUUCACCUGUCACUUAGGUCACAUGAGGCUGUCAAGCAAAGGAAUCGGCGUGAAGUUGGAUAGCUGGUUGUCCCCACGUCUCUGAGAAGUGACAGCACACUGGCUUGGCAUAAGAUAUCCUAAAAUCAUGCUGGAACCUUGGACAAGGAAGAAUGUGAGCGAGAGUAGGGAGAGUGUCUGGAUUUCAUGUCAGUGAAGCCACGGAACCAUCUCAGAUUUUUGAAUGAACUUUGAAUGAAUUUAAAUAAGGUACCAUUUACGUCAGCUUAAGAAGAAUCAGCUCAGAGAAAGCAAGUGUGAGGGAAAAUGUCAUGUAAACUGGUCAGGGAGCAAAACCCUCUCCCUGUCUAAGUAUCCUAUGUGGUUUGUUUGUGUAACUUAGUAUGUUGUUUCCUAAAAAAUAAUUAUUUCUUAUUGUUUCAAAAAAGCAAAAUCAUAGAAAUUUUUGUUGCCCAAAAGGUCAUUUUAAUUAAACUGCAAUUUCAGUGUUCCUCACUAGGUGGCAUUUAAAUGUUGCCUGAUGUCGUUAAGCACCAUCCAGGAAUUCUGCUUCAUAAUCUAUUUUCAAAACUUGAUGACUGUUGAACGUUUUGUUCCCUUGCUGGUGAGGAGUUGUGAUCCUUUGGAGGAAGAGAAGACGCAUUCUGGUUUUUGGAAUUUUCAGUAUUUUUGUGCUGGUUUUUCCUCAUCUUCGUGGAUUUAUUUACCUUUCAUCUUUGAUGUUGGUGACUUUCAGAUGGGGUUUUUGAGUGGGCGCCCUUUCUGUUUAUGUUGAUGUUAUUCAUUUCUGUUUCUCAGUUUUCCUUCUAACAGUCAGGCCCCUCUUCUGCGGGUCUGCUGGAUAUGCUGGAGAUCCACUCCAGACCCUGUUUGCCUGAGUAUCACCAGCAGAGGCUGCAGAAGGGCAAAGAUUGCUACCUGCUCCUUCCUCUGGAAGCUUCAUCCCAGAGGGGCACCUGCCAGAUGCCAGCUGGAGUUCUCCUGUAUGAGGUGUCUCCCAGUCAGAAGGCAUGGGGGUCAGGGACCCACUUGAGGAGGCAGUCUGUCCCCUAGCAGAGCUCAAGUGCUCUGCUGGGAGAUCCACUGCUCUCCUCAGAGCUGGCGGGAAGGAACUUUUAAGUCUGCUGAAGCUGUGCCCACAGCCACCUAUUCCCCAAGGUGCUCUGUCCCAGGGAGAUGGGAGUUUUAUCUAUAAGCUGGUGAUGUGGCUACUGCCUUUCUUUCAGAGAUGCCCUGCCCAGAGAGGAGAAACCUAGAGAGGAAGCCUGGCUAUCGCGGCUUUGCGAUGCUGUGGUGGGCUCUGACCAGUUCAAACUUCCCAGUGGCUUUGUUUACACUGCCUUCUCAAGCCUCAGUAAUGGUGGAGGCCCCUCCCCAUACCAAGCUCCAGCAUCCCAGGUCAACUCCACACUGCUGUGCUGGCAGCGAGAACUUCAAGUCAGUGAAUCUUAGUUUGCCUGGUGCUACGUGGGUGGAAUCCGCUGAGCAAGGUAACUUGGCUCCCGGGCUUCAGCCCCUUUUCUGGGGGAGUGAGUGAUUCUGUCUCACUGGCAUUCCAGGUGCCCCUGGGGUAUGAAAAAAAAACUCCUGCAGCUAGCUCAGUAUCUGCCCAAAGGGCUACCCCGUUUUGUGCUUGAAACCCAGCUGGUGGUUUCAACCCGAAGGAAUCUCCUGGUCUGCGGGUUGUGAAGACCAUGGGAAAAGCAUAGUAUCUGGGCUGGAAAACACUGUUCCUCACAACACAGUCCCUCACGGCUUCCCUUGGCUAGGGGAAGGAGUUCCCCGACCCCUUGUGCUUCCCGGGUGAGGCGAUGCCCCACCCUGCUUCUGCUUGCCCUCCGUGGGCUGCACCGACUGUCUGAGCAGUGCCAGUGAGAUAACCCAGGUACCUCAGUGGGAAAUGCAGAAACCACUUGCCUUCUGUGUGGGUCUUGCUGGGAGCUGCAGAUGGGAGCUGUUCCUAUUUGGCCAUCUUGUGAGCCCUGCAGGUCAGGUUUAAUUACAUGAAAAUGCCCCGUGUAUGCUUUGGAUAACUACAGCAAGCCCACCUCAGAUGCCACUAAAAUGGACUUAAAAGAUCAGAAAGAUUGUUACAAUAUUUAUUUUAUAAUUCCGAAAAACAUACGCAUUUUGAAGAUAUUUGAAAACAGAGUAAAACAAAAUGAAGAAAAUUAAAAUUACCCAUAAUUGUAUCACACAGAGGUAACCCCUAAUUUAGCUCAUGUCUGUCCAGUCAUAUAUAUUGCUUAAUAGAAUUGCAUUCAUACACAAUAAUUUUAUUUUUUACAUAAUAUCUUCUGAAGGUUCUUAAAGUCAAUUAGCCUUUUAUACUUUAAUGAGAACAGCCAUUCUUAACAAUUCACACUAAUACAUGAGAAAACAUUCAAUGACAAUAAAAACCAGAGUUCAUUUCAGAAAAACCAUUGGAUUUGGUUUUUGAGUUGUUUACAUGUUUGUUUAUGUAUGUGAGUGAUAUUCUAUUAAUUUUGGUAAUAUUCUCCCUACACACACACACACACACACACACACACACAUACAACACAAAGCUUCUCUGUACAAGUUCAUUAUUGCAGAACCUGGAAAACUGCCCAAGAGUUGUUUAUUUUUUAAAUUCAAGGCUGCCUCAACUUGUUCCUGACACCCUCUCAGCAACACAUCUGAACAGACUGACCUUUAUCAGUUCUCUUCCUGGAUUAUACUCAGCUUUUGGAGAACUCGCCCACAUGAGUAGAUGUCAGAAAACCUGUGUGUGUGUGUGUGUGUAGUUGGUGCUAUCUGCUUUUGUGAAGAAUGCCUCAUUUUUCAUUAAAUCAUCACUCAGAUAUCACUUUUUCCAGGAAGCCUAGCAGACAGCAGGUAUUCAAAUGCUGGUUGAGUCAAACUGACCUGAAUUAGUCAGCUCAGGCUGCCGUAACAAAAUACCAUGUACCACAUGGCAGAAACAACAGACAUGCAUUUCUCUGGAGGUUGGAAGCCCAAGAUCAAGGUGCCAUCUGGUUCAGUUCCUGCUGAGGCUUCUCUCCCUGGCCUGCAGAUGGCUGCCUUGUCCCUGUGUUCUCACAUGGCGAAGAGAUCUCUCUCCUUUUAUAAGGCCACCAUCCUUUUGCAUAAGGACUUCAUUUGAACUUAACUACCUGCUAAAGACCUUGUGUCCAGAUGUAGUCACAUUGGGGAUCAGAGCUUCAACAUGUGAAUGUUGGAAGGAGACAAUUCAGUCCAUAGCAUGAUCCAUCAUUGAAACAGUAAGAUGCAAUAUACCUAAUAGAUUUCACUUGACUUUGAUGCCAUUUAAUAAGGUCACUUCUAUUGAAAUGGGCAAUGCUGUGAGCAGUAUGACCUGGUGACAUCUGGAAGUUUCUAGUGCUUUA